UUCCAACUGUUCCUGAACGCAGCGCAUCUCCUGCCUGGUUAUCAGCAUGGAAAGAAAAGUACUCGCAAUGCAAGCAAGGAAGAAGAGGACAAAGCCCAGGAAACCUGGCAAAAAACCUGAUCCUCAUGGUCGUGGAGGCGGCUCUCAGCCGGGUCAGGCAGACUCACCGCUCCCGGAGCAGGAUGAGGAGAUCCUGGGCUCUGAUGAUGACGAGCAGGAGGACCCCAACGACUACUGCAGGGGUGGAUAUCACCAUGUGAAGAUUGGAGAUCUGUUCAAUGGGAGAUACCAUGUGAUCCGUAAGCUGGGCUGGGGGCACUUCUCCACUGUGUGGCUGGCCUGGGACAUCCAGGAGAAGCGCUUUGUGGCCAUGAAGGUUGUGAAAAGUGCGGAACAUUACACAGAGACAGCUCUGGAUGAGAUCAAGCUGCUCAAAUCUGUGAGAAACACGGAUCCAAGUGACCCCAACAGGGAGAAAGUGGUGCAGCUUCUAGACGACUUUAAAAUUUCUGGCAUGAAUGGGACGCAUGUGUGUAUGGUAUUUGAGGUACUGGGAUAUCACCUAUUGAAGUGGAUCAUCAAGUCAAACUAUCAAGGCCUGCCCCUACCCUGCGUUAAAAGCAUCAUACAACAGGUCCUGCAGGGUUUAGACUACCUCCACACCAAGUGUAAGAUCAUCCACACAGACAUCAAACCAGAGAACAUCCUGCUGACUGUCAACGAGACCUACAUCAAGAAAAUGGCUGCGGAAGCUACGCAGUGGCAGAAGGCUGGCGCUGCACCUCCCUCGGGUUCUGCAGUGAGCACAGCUCCAGCACCCAAACCAAUGGCCAAAAUGUCAAAGAACAAAAAGAAGAAGAUGAAGAAGAAGCAAAAGAAGCAGGCGGAGCUUCUGGAGAAGAGGAUCCAGGAGAUGGAGGGAGGAGCAGCACUUGAAGGAGGAGAAGAGGAGGAUGACGAGGAGACGACGACGACGACAGAGACCACAGAAGACACAGCUUCCUCAGCCACCCUCUCCAUGUCUGCCACGCUGCAAGACAUUGCCAGCCAUACUAUCCCAGACUCCACUCCUGAUGAGCAGCCCCAGCAGCUGCCGGAGGUAAACGAACGGAGGGAGGAUGCGGCCGAAGAGGAGAACAGGAUGGAGGUGAACUGCAACGGCCACGCCUCCACACCGGAGAGCGAGAGCAGCCGGGAGGCACAAGGGACCAAGCAGUCGACAGAGGAGCAGGAGGACCAACUGAACGCGAACCAACCAGAGAGUAACACAGAGGCCGAGGACACGUUAGGCAACAAAGAAGAGUAUAAGACCUGUAACGGCUCGCCCGGGCACCCCGACGACAAGGUGCAGCAGCUCCCUGCCACUCUCAGCCCAGACUCUGUCACUGUGGAGCUGAAGGAGGGAGACAAGGAGAAGAAGGAGGAGGAGAUGGACACUCGAGAGGAAACCAAAAGAGAGGAUGAAAAGGAAGACAGCCAGAAUGGAGCAUCAAGCAGUAUGUUAGUAAACCCCCUGGAGCCCGUUAAUGCUGACAAGCUGCAGGUUAAGAUCGCUGACUUAGGCAACGCCUGCUGGGUGCACAAACAUUUCACAGACGACAUUCAGACGCGACAGUAUCGUUCUCUCGAGGUGCUGACAGGAGCCGGCUACAGCACACCAGCGGAUAUCUGGAGCACAGCCUGCAUGGCCUUCGAGCUUGCCACUGGAGAUUAUCUGUUUGAGCCCCACUCUGGAGAAGACUACUCCAGAGAUGAAGACCACAUAGCGCUAAUCAUCGAGCUGCUGGGUAAAGUUCCCCGGAAGCUGAUCUUGGCAGGCAAAUACUCCAAGGAGUUUUUCACCAAGAAAGGCGACCUGCGUCACAUCACCAAGCUGAAGCCGUGGGGUUUAUUUGACGUCUUGGUAGAAAAGUAUGAGUGGUCCAAAGACGAGGCGCACUCCUUCAGCAGCUUCCUGCUGCCCAUGCUGGACCUGGUGCCUGAAAGGAGGGCCACGGCAGCCCAGUGCCUCUCCCAUCCAUGGCUCACAUCCUAGAGGCCACCCGCGCACACCUCUGCCCUCCAUAUCGUGAAAGGAAAAAUUAGGUUUGAAGAUCCUGGGCCUGAAAACAUACAGUAAACAAACACAUUCAUGUCUGCAAGACCCUGUGACUGCAUUGUGCCUGCACCCUCCUGUCAUGGCUCUGAGGCGACCUACACACACUUCCAUGAAUACAAUAAAAAGACAGACUGCUGCUGACUCUUUGUCCUGAUUUGGAUUACACUGGUGAUAGAAGGAACUCUUGGUCUUCUCCCUAUAUUUAUGACUUUUUUUCUUUUCUUUCCUUUUUUUUUUAAACUGGCUGCGUAGGACGUAUUGACCUUGCUCUUUCUUUUUUUUCUGACUCCAGCUCUUUUUCUGCACCACAUUAUUCUCUAUUUUUAGCUGUAGAUAACGGACUCCUUCGGAUUUAAAAUGAAGUUGCACUUGUCUACAAAUGCAGAAGAAGGCAGGAUGUUAACAGACACUUAAAAUUGCCAUCAAAACCACAUACUGUUGAGGGAAUUAAUAAGCCAAAUCUGUCUCUUGUUUGCUGGCCAUCAUGUCAGCUGUGCCAGCUUUUAUGCCUUUGGCUGUCAAAUGUGUGCCAAGUGCUCAGAAUUAAUAACAGCAUAAUGCUAACAGGCAUGAUGAGAGACCAGAACGUUCUUAGCUCUGUUAGCUUUAUCCUAAAAAACUUUUGUAAAUUUGUAUACAGGCUGAGGUAUAAGAUUAGAAAGCAUAAAUUUCAUACAUUUUAAACUUGUGCACCAGGUCUGAAGAGACUCACCUGAAAUCUGAAAUUUCAGGAAACUCUGUAAUCUCUGAUUUUCCAAGUGUUAUCAGCUGUUUCAGCAUUGUCUCAUGUCUUAAAAAAAGCUCUCGGUACAACGUAAUGUGAAAAACAUUCAGAUUCCUGCUCCGCUUCAUGCACGAGUUGGCAGAAGACACCUUUAUGCUGUUUAAUACCUGGAUCGCUUCCUGUACCAUUUCUCACCCGAACAGUCAAGUCAAACUAGAUGUCCAGAGUUCAGUACAGUGUACCAAAGAGUUGGCCUUCACUCUCUCCCUCUGCAGUUUCUAGAAGACGCCGUCAGCAGUGCAGAUUAAAGGCAGGAGCUGAAAGGUUCGAGCCUUUUUUUUUUCUUUCUCGAAUGUUCAGGUGACGUCGAGUUGUGUGAAAAUGAAAGCUUGGUUUCAAAUGCACUGCAGGUGGAGGUGUUGAUUGGAAAAUAACAGAUUGUACUAAAAACAAAUGCUGUAAUAACGCUUUGAAUCCCUUCAGAAACCAUUUUGCUUGUUUUUCUACAAUGUCUCUUCCCCUUCUGUCCAUGUUUUCCCUCUUAAUUUGAUCUUUUUCUGUAGUUAAUAAUAAACGUUUUUCAA